UCUUUCCGUACCUCGUGGUGGUGAUCGGCCUGGAGAACGUCUUGGUCCUCACUAAGUCUGUGGUGUCCACGCCCGUCGACCUCGAGGUCAAACUCCGCAUCGCUCAGGGCCUUAGUAAUGAGAGCUGGUCUAUCAUGAAGAACAUGGCCACUGAACUGUGCAUCAUCCUCAUUGGAUAUUUCACUCUAGUUCCAGCUAUCCAGGAGUUCUGUCUGUUUGCUGUCGUCGGGUUGGUGUCUGACUUCUUCUUGCAGAUGUUCUUCUUCACAACAGUACUGUCUAUAGACAUCCGCCGCAUGGAGCUGGCUGACCUGAACCGCCGCCUGCCAGCUGAGGCGGGUCUCCCUCCGCCCAAGCCGGGCCCGCUGCGUACGCGUGAAGUCCCCCCUCCCCCGCGACCCUCCCCUCACACCAUCACCCUGCAGACCCCGGCCUUCAGGAACCUGAGGCUUCCCAAGAGGCUGCGUGUGGUUUACUUCCUGGCCCGCACCCGCCUGGCUCAACGUAUUAUCAUGGCCGGCACGGUGAUCUGGAUCGGCAUCCUCGUCUACACCGACCCAGCCGGGCUGCGCACCUACCUGGCCGCCCAGGUAUCGGAGCAAAGCCCCCUGGGAGACUCCGGAGGAGGCGGCCUGCCCCAUCACUUGGGGGUGCCACCCGUCUUCCGUGGAGGAGAUCCUACCAGCACCCUCAGCGUGCACCCAGCACCAGAUCCAACCCCCUUACCCGAGAACCAAUCGCAGGGCCACCACAGCGCGGCCAGGGCGGCGCCGCUCCCUCAGGCUCCGCCCACCGUGCCUCAGAUCACCUGGGGGUCGGAGGAUGAGGAGGGCUGGAGGAGACUCUCCUUCAGGCACUGGCCGUCGCUCUUCGGCUACUACAACAUCACUUUAGCAAAGAGGUACAUCAGCAUCUUACCCGUCAUUCCCGUCACCGUUCACCUGAGCCCACAGGACGCCAUCGAGACGCGUCACCCUCAGGACACGAGGCACCCGCCGCCACCCAUUCCCAAAGUCUCUGUAGAUCUACAGACGGACCUCACCCUCUACAA